AGAAGUACUCUCUCUGCCUCUCCUGCUGCAGGUGUGCUUCAUCGGCCGAAGCAAUGUGGGGAAAUCAUCUUUAAUCCGGGCGUUGUUUUCACUGUCUCCAGAAGUGGAGGUCAGAGUGUCAAAAACUCCGGGCCACACCAAGAAGAUGAAUUUCUUCAAAGUAGGGAAGUACUUUACUCUGGUGGAUAUGCCAGGAUACGGCUACCGUGCCCCGCAAGACUUUGUGGAGAUGGUGGAGGCCUAUCUGCAGGAACGGUGCAACCUGAAGAGGACUUUUCUCUUAGUUGAUGGUGUAGUAGGACUGCAGAAAACAGAUCAUAUUGCAGUAGAGAUGCUGGAAGAGUUUGGGAUUCCUUAUGUGAUGGUGUUAACAAAAAUUGACCGAGCUUCCAGGGGACUGUUGUUAAAGAACGUACUGGAGAUCCAGGAGUUUGUAAAGGAGAAAACUCAGGGAUGCUUUCCUCAGCUAUUCCUGGUCAGUUCUCUGGAGUUUUCAGGGGUUCACUUGCUAAGGUGUUUUGUAGCCCACGUUACUGGAAACCUGCCUACUGUAGAGACAGCUGAAAAGAUUGGCUCCUGAUCUGCUCGGCUCAUCCCAAAUAAAAGUAGGUGCAGCGUGAUGGCACACCUUGCUCACGUACAUCGCAUUGUCCCUCUUCCAGGUGGGUGAAGCAAAGGACACAUCUUUAAUGGGGUCCACUUUUUGAUCGCUGUUGGCUUGAAAGAGAGUGGAAUAAAAGACUGGCAUCUAGGGGAA